AUGUCUGGCACCUCAGAACUUCCUAAGACCCCAGGAGAGGACAGAAUGUCCUCCCCCACUGAGAUCACCAGAGAUUCCACAGAAAUACCAACAUCCUCUCAGACAAGAGAGAUGGUCACCCAGACAGCUUCCUCCUGGACCACAGAACUGACCCACACCAGCACUCCUGAGGAGCUCAGUUUAAACAGAGACACCACUGCUGGCCUCUCUGAUGCCACCACCAGCUCCUCCCCUGAACAAUCCACUAUAGGCUUCUUCUCCUCUUCUCCAACGACCCCUCCUGGCCUCUCUCCAUCCUCAGUCUCCUCUCACACACCCACUGCAAAGGAAAUCACCACUGUGUCUUCCUCUUCUUACAAGAAAACUUCUACAGAAAUCACCAGCACUGACCAAAGUCAAACUCUUGCAGCUGCAUCCCACAGCACCCGUGACUGGGACAUGUCAGCCACAGCCUCAGCCCCCAGCACCCUCCCCACUACAUCCCAGACCCUGCCCCACUCACACACCACCCUGCAAUCAACCUCAUCCCCUGAAGUCCUGUCCUCCACACCAACUCCACCUGUACCUCAUAUAAGCUCCACAGGGUCUCUGACACCUCCUGGACCCAGAGUGUCACCUUCUCCUGCUCCUUCCUCCCCUGCAUCCAUCACCACACUCCUCACCUCCACUCUCCAGGACACCACAAAUGAGAUGGACCCGGGAUCAACACCUGUGAGCACCCUGACUCCAAGUCAGACUACAAAUGGACAGCACAUCUCAGCCACCUCCUGGGUCUCCUCAGGCCUCCACACAAGUCCAACAUCUUCAGACACAGCAGUGUCCACUGUGCAAGAUUCCAGUUCUAUUCCCCAAACUCAGUUUACUAUCUCUGCUCCCUCAGAAUUUGCUGAGACCACAGCUGAGAUGAGUACCCCCUCCACCACUGGAGACACCAGAGGUUCCACACCUGCACACAGUUCUGCAAAGACAACGGAGAUGGACACACAGACAGCUUCCUCCCGGACCCAGGCACUGACCUAUACCAGCACAACAGAGGAGCUCAGCUCAGCCCUGGACACCACUGCGGGCAUCUCUGAGGACACCACCAGCUCCUCCCCUAAGCUCUCCAGUGCAGGCUUCUUCUCCUCUACUCCAAGGCUUCCUCCUAGCCUCGCUCCAUCCACAGCCUCACCUCAGACAUCCACAGAUUCCAGUUCUGCCUCCCGUUCCAAGCUUACUAUGUCUGGCACCUCAGAACUUCCUGAGACCCCAGCAGAGGACAGAACGCCCUCCCCCGCUGAGAUCACCAGAGAUUCCACACAAAUACCAACAUCCUCUCAGACAAGAGAGAUGGUCACCCAGACAGCUUCCUCCUGGACCACCGCACUGACCCACACCAGCACUUCUGAGGAGCCCAGCUCAGUCAUGGACACCACUGCUGGCAUCUAUGAUGCCACUACCAGCUCCUCUCCUGAGCUCUCCACUGAAGGCUUCUCCUCUGCUCCAAGGCUCUCUCCCACUUUCGCGCCAUCCACCGUCUCUGAUCACACACCUACUGGAAGGGAAAACAGCCUGAUCAGCCUCUCUUCAUACACGACAGCACCUACAGAAAUUACCAGCACUGUCCAAAAUCAAGGUCUUGUGUCUGCAUCCCACAGCAACCAAACCCAGGACUCGUCAUCCAUGGCCCCAGCCCCCAGCACCCUCCCCACUGCAUCCCAGACUCCUCCCCAUUCACACCGCACCCUGCAAUCAAGCUCAUCCCCUGAAGUCCUGUCCUCCACACAAACUCCAGCUGGGCCACAGCUGAGCUCCAUAGGGGUCCUGACAUCUAGCAAACCCACAGCCUCACUUUCUGCUCAUUCCUCUGCUCCAUCCAUCACCCCACUCCUCACCUCCACUCUCCACGACACCACCGAGCAGAUGGACACAGGAUCAACACCUGUGAGUAAUUUGACUUCAACUCAGACUACAAGUGGACAGGAUAUCUCAGCUACCUCCUGGGUCUCCUCAGGCCUCCACACAAGUCCAACAUCUUCAGACACAGCAGUGUCCACUGUGGAACAUUCCACUUCUAUCCCCCAAACUCACUUUACUAUCUCUGCUACUUCAGAAUCUCCUGAAACCACACCUGAGAUGAGGACUUCUUCCACCACUGGGGACACCAGAGGUACCACACCUGGACAGAGUUCUGCAAAGACAACAGAGAUGGACACGCAGACAGAUUUCUCCCAGACCCAGACACUGUCCCACAGCAGCACGCCAGCACAGCCCAGCUCAGCCCUGGACACCACUGCGGGCCUUUCUGAUACCACCACAAGUUUCUCCCCUGAGCUCCCCAGUUCAGGCUUCUUCUCUUCUACUCCAUUGCUCCCUCUCAGCCUUGCACCAUCCAUAGCCUUACCUCAGACACCCACGGACUUCAGUUCUGUCCCCCAAACUAUGCUUACUAUGUCUACCUCUUCAGGAAUUCCUGAGACCCCAGCAGAGGAGAGAACACCCUCCACCUCUGAGGUCACCAGAGUUUCCACACAAAUACCAACAUCCUCUCAGACAACGGAGAUAUCCAAGACAACCUCCUCAUCCACACUAGAACUGAUCCACAGCAUCACUCCUGCACAGCCCAGCUCAGCCCUAGACACCACUGCCGGCCACUCUGAUGCCGCUACCAGCUCCUCCUCUGAGCAUUUCAGGGCAGACUUCUCUGUUCCAACACUCUCUGCCAGCCUCGCCCCAUACACAGACUCAGCUCAGAGAACCACCAGCGUGAAGAUCACCAGCGUGCCCUCCUCUCCUUACAAGACAGCUUCUGCAGAAAUCACCAACACUGUCCACACACAGAAUUCUGCAGCUGCAUCCCACAGCUCGAGUCCCUGGGACAUGUUAGCUACGGCCCCAGCCACCAGCACCCUCCCCACUGCAUCCCAGACCCUGCCCCACUCAUACACCACCCUGCAAUCAAGCUCAACACCUGAAGUCCGGUCCUCCACACCAACUCCAGAUGGGCCACAUCUGAGCUCCACAGGGGUCCUGACACCUAGCAAACCCACAGCCUCACUUUCUGCUCCUUCCUCUGCUCCAUCCAUCACCCCACUCCUCACCUCCACUCUCCAUGACACCACCGAGCAGAUGGACACAGGAUCAACACCUGACACCACCGAGCGGAUGGACACAGGAUUAACACCUGUGAGCACCUUGACUCCAAAAUUUACUGAGACAGCAGCUGAGAUGAGCACCCCCUCCACCACUGGGGACACCACAGAUUCCACAACUGGACAGAGUUCUGCAAAGACAACAGAGAUAGACACACAGACAGCUUCCUCCCGGAACCAGGCACUGGCCCAAACCAGCACAACAGAGGAGCCCAGCUCAGCCCUGGGCACCACUGCAGGCGUCUCUGAGGACACCACCAGCUCCUCCCCUAAGCUCUCCACAUUGGCAGAAAUCACCACCACUAUUUCCACACAGCUUCCUGCAUCUGCAUCUCACAGCUCGCAUGCCUGGGACACCUCAGCCACAGCCACAGCCACCAGUGCCCUCCCCACUGCAUCCCAGACCCUGCCCCACUCAUACACCACCCUGCAAUCAAGCUCAUCCCCUGAAGUCCUGUCCUCCACACCAACUCCAGCUGCACCACAUCUGAGCUCUACAGGGGCCAUAAAAUCUGCAAGACCCACAGCCUCACCUUCUCCUGCUCCUUCCUCCCCUGCAUCCAUCACCCCACUCCUCACCUCCACUCUCCAGAACACCACUGAGCAGAUGGACACAGGAUCAACACCUGUGAGCACCUUGACUCCAAGUCAGACUACAGGUGGACAACACAUCUCAGCCACCUCUGAGGUCUUCUCAAGCCUCCACACAAGUCCAACAUCUUCAGACAUAACAGGGUCUACUGUGGAACAUUCCAGUUCUAUUCCCCCAACUCAGUUUAUGAUCUCUGCUAUCUCAGAACUUCCUGAAACCACACCUGCGAUGAGGACCUCCUCCACCACUAGGGACGCCAGAGGUUCCACACCUGGACAGAGUUCUACAAAGACAACAGAGAUGGACACACAGACAGCUUCCUCCCGGACCCAGGCACUGACCCACACCAGCACAACAGAGGAGCCCAGCUCAGCCCUGGACACCACUGCAGGCGUCUCUGAUGCCACCACCAGCUCCUCCCCUGAGCUCUCCAGUGCAGACUUCUCCUCUGCUACAAGGCUCCCUCCCAGACUCAUACCAUCCACAGUCACUGCUCACAGAACUACUGGAGUGGAGAUCGCCAGCAUGUCCUCUGUCCCUUACAAGGCAGCUUCUGCAGAACUCACCACCACUGUCCAUGCUCGGAUUCCUGCAUCUGCAUCCCACAGCACAGGUACCUGGGACUCAUCAUCCAUGGUCCCAGCCACCAGCAUCUUCACUACUGCACCCCAGACCCUGCCCCACUCACACAGCACCCUACAAUCAACCUCAUCCCCUGAAGUCCUGUCCUCCACACCAACUCCAGCUGGGCCACAACGGAGCUCCACACCUGCUGGACUCACAGCCUCACCUUCUCCUGCUCCUUCUUCCCUUGCAUCCACCAGCCCACUCCUCACCUCCACUCUCCACGACACCACCCAGGGGAUGAACACAGGAUCAACACCUGUGAGCACUUUGAAUCCAAGUCAGACUACAGGUGGACAGGAAAUAUCAGCCACCUCCUGGGUCUCCUCAGGCCUCCACUCAAGUCCAGCAUCUUCAGACACAGCAGUGUCCACUGUGGAACAUUCCAGUUCUCUCCCCCAAACCUACUUUACCACCUCAGCCUCCUCAGAACUUCCUGUGACCACAGCUGAAGAGAGAAUGCCCUCCACCACUGGGGUCAGCAUAGUUUCUACACAAAUACCAACAUCCUCUCAGACAAGAGAGAUGGUCACCAAGACAGCUUCCUCCUGGACCACAGAACUGACCCACUCCAGCACUCCUGAGGAGCCUAGUUCAGCCCUGGAGACCACUGCUGGCCUCUCUGAUGCCACCACCAGCUCCUCCCCUGAGCUCUCCACAGCAGGCUUCUUCUCCUCUGCUCCAAAGCUCCCUCCCAACCACCCUCAAUCCACAGUCUCAGCUAACAGAACCACUGGAAUGGAGAUCACCAGCGUGUCCUCCUCUCCUUACAAGACAGCUUCUGCAGAAAUCACCACCACUGUCCACUCUCAGAUUCCUGCAUCUGCAUCCCACAGCACAAGUACCUGGGACACGUCAGCCAUGGUCCCAGUCACCAGCAUCCUCCCUACUGCAUCCCAGACCCUGCCCCACUCACACAGCACCCUGCAAUCAAGCUCAUCCCCUGAAGUCCUGUCCUCCACACAAACUCCAGAUGGGCCACAUCUGACCUCCUCAGGAGCCCUGACACCUGCCAGCCUCCCAGCCUCACCUUCCACUGCUCCUUCUUCCCUUGCAUCCAUGAGCCCACUCCUCACCUCCACUCUCUAUGAUGCCACCAAGGGAAUGGACACAGGGUCAACACCUGUGAGCACCUUGAAUCCAACUCACACCACAAGUGAACAGCAAAUCUCAGCCACCUCCUGGGUCUCCUCAGGCCUCCACACAAGUCCAGCGCCUUCAGACACAGCAGUGUCCACUUUGGAACAUUCCAGUUCUCUCCUGAAGACCUUCUUUACCACCUGGGCCUCCUCAGAACUUCCUGUGACCUCAGCUAAAGAGAAAACGCCCUCCACCACUGGGGUCAGCACAGUUUCUACACAAGUACCAACAUCCUCUCAGACAAGAGAGAUGGCCACCCAGACAGCUUCCUCUUGGGCCACAGCACUGACCCACACCAGCACUUCUGAGGAGCCCAGCUCAGCCCUGGACACCAUUGCUGGCCUCUCUGAUGCCACCACCAGCUCCUCCCCUGAACAAUCCAGUACAGGCUUCUUCUCUUCUGCUCAGAAGCUCCCUCCCAGCCUCACUCCAUCCACAGUCUCAGCUCACAGAACCACUGGAAUGGAGAUCACCAGCAUGUCCUCUGUCCCGUACAAGAGCAAUUCUGCAGAAAUCACCACCACUGUUCACACACAGCCUCUGGCAACUGCAUUGAGUACCACUGAUGCCAGUGACAUGUCCUCCAUGGCUCCAGUCACCAGCAUCCUCCCUACUCCAUCCCAGACAUUGACCCACUCACACAGCACCCUGCAAUCAAGCUCAUCCCCUGAAGGCCUGUCCUCCACACCAACUCCAGCUGGGCCACAGCUGAAAUCCACAGGGCCCCUAACACCUGCCGGCCAGACAGCUUCACCUUCUCCUGCUCCUACCUCCCCUGCAUCCAUCACUCCAUUCUUCACCUCCACUCUCCAGGUCACCACUGAACAAAUGGACACAGGGUCAAUACCUGUGAGCACCUGGACUGCAAGACCAACUAAAAAUGGACAGCACAUCUCAGCCACCUCCUGGGUCUCCUCAGGCCUCCACACAAGUCCAACAACUUCAGACACAGCAGUCCACACUGAGGAAGACUCCAAUUCUCUCCCCAACACCUACUUUACCACCUCAGCCUCCUCAGAACUUCCUGUGACCACAGCAGAAGACAGAACGACCUCCAUCACUGGGGACAUCACAGUUUCCACAAAAAUACCAACAUCCUCUCAGACAAGAGAGAUGGUCACCCAGACACCUUCUUCUUGGACCACAGAACUGACCCACAUCAGCACUCCUGAGGAGCCCAGCUCAAACAUGGACACCACUGCUGGCCUCUCUGAUGCCACCACCAGCUCCUCCCCUGAGCAAUCCAGUACAGGCUUCUUCUCUACUGCUCCAAAGCUCCCUUCCAACCUCCCUUCAUCCACAGUCAUGGCUCACAGAACCACUGAAUGGGAAAAGAGUGUGAUCUCUUCCUCCUCCUACAUGCCAGCAUUGGCAGAAAUCACCACCACUAUCUCCACACAGCUUCCUGCAUCUGCAUCUCACAGCACGCAUACCUGGGACACCUCAGCCACGUCCUCAGCCACCAGCCUCCUCCCCACUGCAUCCCAGACCCUGCCCCACUCACACAACACCCUGCAAUCAACCUCAUCCCCUGAAGUCCUGUCCUCCACGCAAACUCCAGCUGUGUCAUAUCUGAGCUCCAUACCUGUUGGCCCCACAGACUCACCUUCUCCUGCUCCUUCCUCCCCUGAGACCAUCACCCCACUCCUCACCUCCACUCUCCAUGACACCACACAGGGGAUGCACACAGGACCAACACCUGUGAGCACCUUGACUAAAAGGCAGAUGACAAAUGGACAGAACAUUUCAUCUGCUUCCUGGAUCUCCUCAGGCCUCCACAAAAGUCCAGCAUCUUCAGACUCAACAGUGUCCACCCUAGAACACUCCAGUUCUGUCCCCAAAAUCCACUUUACUCCCUCGGCCUCCUCAGAACUUCCUGUGACCACAACUGAGGAGAGAACACCCUCCACCCCUGGAGUCAUCACAGUUUCCACACAAAUACCAACAUCCACUAAGACAAGAGAGAUGGCCACCCAGACAGCUUCCUCCUGGACCACAGCACUGACCCAAACCAGCACUCCUGAGGAGCCCAGCUCAAACAUGGACACCAUUGCUGGCCUCUCUGAUGCCACCACCAGCUCCUCCCCUGCGCAAUCCAGUACAGGAUUCUUCUCUGCUCCAACACUCCCUCCCAGCAUCCCUCCAUCCACAGUCAUGGCUCACAGAACCACUGAAUGGGUAAAGAGUGUGAUAUCUUCCUCCUCCUACAUGCCAGCAUUGGCAGAAACCACCACCACUAUCUCCACACAGUUUCCUGCAUCUGCAUCUCACAGCACGCAUGCCUGGGACACGGCAGCCAUGGCCUCAGCCACCAGCAUCCUCCCCACUGCAUCCCAGACCCUGCCCCACUCACACAGCACCAUGCAAGAAAGCUCAAGCCCUGAAGUCCUGUCCUCCACACCAACUCCAGCUGUGUCACAUCUGAGCUCCACACUUGUUGGCCCCACAGACUCACCUUCUCCUGCUCCUUCCUCCCCUGGGACCAUCACCCCACUCCUCACCUCCACUCUCCAUGACACCACGCAGGGGAUGCACACAGGAUCAACACCAGUGAGCACCUUGACUGAAAGGCAGAUGACAAAUGGACAGAACAUUUCAUCUGCUUCCUGGAUCUCCUCAGGCCUCCACAAAAGUCCAGCAUCUUCAGACACAACAGUGUCCACCCUAGAAGACUCCAGUUCUGUCCCCAAAAUCCACUUUACUCCCUUGGCCUCCUCAGAACUUCCUGUGACCACAGCUGAGGAGAGAAUGCUCUCCACCCCUGGGGUCAGCACAGUUUCCACACAAAUACCAACAUCCUCUCAGACAAGAGAGAUGGCCACCCAGACGGCUUCCUCCUGGACCACAGCACUGACCCACACCAGCACUCCUGAGCAGCCCAGCUCAACCCUGGACACCACUGCUGGCCUCUCUGAUGCCACCACCAGCCUCUCCUCUGAGAAACCCACUGUGUCACAUCUGAGCUCCACACCUGUUGGCCCCACGGACUCACCUUCUCCUGCUCCUUCCUCCCCUGGGACCAUCACCCCACUCCUCACCUCCACUCUUCAUGACACCACCCAGGAGAAGGACACAGGAUCAACACCCACCCUGCCCCACUCACACAACACCCUGCAAUCAAGCUCAUCCCCUGAAGUCCUGUCCUCCACACCAACUCCAGCUGUGUCACAUCUGAGCUCCACACCUGCUGGACCCACAGACUCACCUUCUCCUGCUCCUUCCUCCCCUGGGACCAUCACCCCACUCUUCACCUCCACUCUCCAGGACACCACUGAGCAGAUGGACACAGGAUCAACACCCGUGAGCACCUUGACACCAAGUCAGACUACAAGAGGACAGGACAUUACAUCUGCUUCUUGGGUCUCCUCAGGCCUCCUCCACACAAGUCCAGCAUCUUCAGACACAGCAGUGUCCUCUGUAGAAGACUCCAGUUCUGUCCCCAAAAUCCACUUUACUCCCUUGGCCUCUUCAGAACUUCCUGUGACCACAGCUGAGGAGAGAACGCCCUCCACCCCUGGGGUCAUCACAGUUUCCACACAAAUACCAACAUCCUCUCAGACAAGAGAGAUGGCCACCCAGACAGCUUCCUCCUGGACCGCAGAACUGACCCACUCCAGCACUCCUGAGGAGUCCAGCUCAUCCUUGGACACCACUGCUGGACUCUCUGAUGCCACCACCAGCCUCUACUCUGAGCAAUCAAGUUCAGGCUUCAGUUCCUCUUCACCAAUGCUCCCUCCCAGCCUCACUCUAUCCACAGUCACACCUCACAGACCCACUGGAUUGGAGAAAACCAGUGUGUCCUUCUUCCCUUACAAGACAGCUUCUGCAGAAAUCACCACCACUGUCCAUACUGAGAAUCCUGCAUCUGCAUCCCAAAGCACAGGUACCUGGGAUUCAUUAUCCAUGGCCCCAGCCACCAGCACCCUCCCCACUGCAUCCCAGACCCUGCCUCACUCACACAGCACCCUGCAAUCAAGCUCAUCCCCUGAAGUCCUGUCCUCCAAGCCAACUCCAGCUGGACCACAUCUGACUUCCACAGGGACCCUGACACCUACCGGCCCCACAGUCUCACCUUCUCCUGCUCCUUCUUCCCCUGAAUCUAUCACCCCACUCCUCACCUCCACUCUCUAUGAUGCCACUGAGGGAAUGGACACAGGAUCAACACCUGUGAGCACCUUGACUCUAAGUCAGACUACAGGUGAACAACACAUCUCAGCUACCUCCUGGGUCUCCUCAGGCCUCCACACAAGUCCAGCAUCUUCAGACACAGCAGUGUCCACUGUGGAACAUUCCAGUUCUAUUCCCCAAAAUCAGUUUACUGUCUCUGCUACCUCAGAACCUCCUGAGACAAAAGCGGAGGAGAGAACGCCCUCCACCACUGGGGUCAACACAGUUUCCAUACAAAUACCAACAUCCUCUCAGACAAGAGAGAUGGCCACCCAGACAGCUUCCUCCUGGACCACAGCACUGACCCACACCAGCACUCCUGAGGAGCCCAGCUCAAACAUGGACACCACUGCUGGCAUCUAUGAUGCCACAACCAGCUCCUCCCCUGAGCAAUCCAGUACAGGCUUCUUCUCUGCUCCAACGCUCCCUCCCAGCAUCCCUCCAUCCACAGUCAUGGCUCACAGAACCACUGAAUGGGAAAAGAAUGUGAUCUCUUCCUCCUCCUACAUGCCAGCAUUGGCAGAAAUCACCACCACUAUCCCCACACAGCUUCCUGCAUCUGCAUCUCACAGCACGCAUGCCUGGGACACGGCAGCCAUGGCCUCAGCCACCAGCAUCCUCCCCACUGCAUCCCAGACCCUGCCCCACUCACACAGCACCUUGCAAUCAAGCUCAUCCCCUGAAGUCCUGUCCUCCACACCAACUCCAGCUGUGUCACAUCUGAGCUCCACACUAGUCGGCCCCACAGUCUCACCUUCUCCUGCUCCUUCCUCCCCUGGGACCAUCACCCCACUCCUCACCUCCACUCUCCAUAACACCACACAGGGGCUAGACACAGGAUCAACACCAGUCACCAUUGAGCAAAUGGACACAGGAUCAACACCUGUGAGCACCUGGACUGCAAGUCACAUCUCAGCUACCUCCUGGGUCUCCUCAGGUCUCCGCACAAGUCCAACAUCUUCAGACACAGCAGUCCACACUGUGGAAGACUCCAGUUCUCUCCCCGAAACGUACUUUGCCACCUCGGCCUCCUCAGAACUUCCUGUGACCACAGCAGAAGAGAGAACGCCCUCCAUCACUGGGGUCAUCAGAGUCUCCACACAAAUACCAACAUCCUCUAAGACAAGAGAGAUGGUCACCCAGACAGCUUCCUCCUGGACCACAGAACUGACCCACACCAGCAUUUCUGAGGAGCACAGCUCAAACAUGGACACCACUGCUGGCAUCUAUGAUGCCACAACCAGCUCCUCCCCUGAGCAAUCCAACUCACCUUCUCCUGCUCCUUCCUCCCCUGGGACCAUCACCCCACUCCUCACCUCCACUCUCCAGGACACCACUCAGGAGAAGGACACAGGGUCAACUCCC